AUGAACGGAAGUUUUAAUUAUAAAGAAGCAAUGGCCAAUGCGGCGUUGCAAUGCAAUCCAAUGAUGGAGAAUUAUUCAGAGGAAAGUAUAUCUGAAGUGAAAGUCGUAGAUUUUGGAGGAAUACCCGUUGACGUCGCUGUAGAAAGAAUCAUUGCAAUUGAUAACACGAGUGAUAAAAGCCUUACAUACAGGCUAUCAAAUAUUUAUGUUUUAAAUAGCGUGGAUCGUGUUUUCAAAUUAUCGAUUACAUCGGAUUAUGUGAUGCCGGGCGACAACGCCCGAAUCAGGAUUGUGUUCAAACCCAACAUUGUUGGACAGUCGUUUACUGAGUAUUUUUUAAUAGAUGAUUCUGGUGGCAAUACUUAUAGAGUCACUGUUACUGGAAAGUGCUAUGGGCCAAGAGUGUCAUUAGAUAAAAGAAAACUCAUUUUUAGAAUAUGUAGAAAUAUAACAGAGCAAAGGAAAGAAGUUUUUAACAUAGUAAAUAAGUCAUCGGUGGAGACCACCUAUCAAUGGUACAUGCCGGCUUCUGGUCAGGGAUGCUUCCAAAUAUCGACAGGCAACUGUGGCCUCAUUAGAGCAUUCGAGACUAUCACCACAACCGUUGUAUUCACUGGGACUGCUCUUGGAAUUUAUACGGCGGAAUUAGUCUGCUUGGUCCUUAAUCAGGAGCCCUUAUUCUUGAACGUGUUUGCUACGGUCAUAUUACCGGGAAAUCCGUUAUUUAGUAUUCAAGAGCAUGUUUUCUUCAAGAAUUUUAAAAGAAAGUCCCGUUUUGUGCACUUAAUGGAGAACAGUCUUAAUCGUUUGAGCAAUAUACCUUCAGCUUCGGUGUUCGAGAGGUAUCUAGACUUUGGUACGGGAAGUGUUACAGAUGUGACCAGGAAUAUUUCUCAAACUCUUUGUGUUUCUAACCAUGAAGAACAGGAGGGAUACAUACAAUGGAUGCCAGACCCAGAUAACAUAUUCUUAGUGGAUCCUAUCGCUUGUAUCAUCCCUCCAAAUGAAUCGAGGCUAUUUACAGUUCGGUUCAGGCCGAAAAUCGAAAACGAAGUUUACGGUUAUCUCAUGUGUGGGGACUACCAAUUUAAAAACUUCGAUAGUGAAACAAGCGAGCUAAAGUUACGGCACACAUUGUUCCGCAUUCCUUGUACAGGGAACACAUGGCUGCCUUGCACCGAAUGGAAUACUGAAUGGGACUGUCCUAUUGAGGUAAUUCUACCACCAACAGUACCGACAAGAACUACGUUCGCAAACUUUAUGCUGUCGAAUAAAUUUGAAAUACCUAUGCAUUUCAAAUUCAAUGCACCGCAUGGCACAAACUACGUCGUGAUGCCCGUUUGUGGAAUAGUUCCAAGCCGCGGUUGGCAGAUUAUAUCGGUAGCUUUAGAACCCAAGUGUUUCGGAGAUUACUGUGAAGCGUGGGAUCUCAUCAUUAACAAAGUGCAAAAAACUCGUAUCAGCUUCACGGGUAACGCAGAAAUGAGUCAAAUAGAGGUGAUGUCUCACGGCUACCACCCAGGUACACAUGCGAUGCUGGAGUUCCCUCCUACCAUAACUGGCUGCACCAACUACUGUACUUCAUACCUUCACAAUCUCACCAGGAUGGAAAUACACAUACGGGUUUUAAACUCUGUUUACUGGUUGGGUGCAGACGAAUGUGGCUCCAUAGUGCUGCCUCCCAAAGAGAUCAUACACUAUCACUGGUGGUUCUUCCCCAAGAUUCACGAUAAAGUUCACGAAACUACGAUCACUCUGUCUUGCGUUUGCUUGAUCGAUGGCAGACCAGUUGGAGAGCCAUCAGAAGUAUAUAUUGCAAUUUCAGGAUUUUCGGAAAUGCCUGAUUUGAGAAUAUUACCAAAAACAAAUAAUCUCCACGACGUUGUUGUUGGCGAAAGUUUCACGUUUCCUGUGACUUUGUAUAAUAAUGGUUCCUGUUUCUUCACGUCUAAGCUGUAUCAUUCCAUUGAGGGCAUGGGAGAUGACUUCAGCGGUGACAAACUUGAAAUAGAUAGUGCAGUGAAUAGUUUGAGACCAUCGAACCAUUGCGAAGUUCGAAUGACCGUGACCCCAGAUGGGGCUGGCUCCCGUCAGCUGCACAUUAGGUACACGGUGCUCUUUCGCACCGAGUACGACGAAGUAGAAGAAAUACAGCCGGUCAAGAAGAAAAUCUGUAUUAUAUGGUACGACGGGAUUUAUCCUACUAUCAAGGUGAAGCGCACGAUAUCGGUCAAAUGUCCAGUUAUAUUGAGCAAUCAUUGCGUCUGGAAUAUCGUCAACGUAGCAGAAUUAAACCAGGCGUUUAAGGAUUGUCGGCCUAAUAUUCCGCUUAGUGUUAACAUUUUCGCUCCCGAUUUAUGCGUCCGAACCGGCUUAGUUGAGCUGGUAUUUGUUAUGGGUUGUGUGUACCAAGCCCCUGUUCCGUGGAGUCUGCGUCGGGAGAAGAUUUGUGAAUGUGAGAUGGUCGAGGUGCAGGUUGGAACCUCCUUGUAUGAAAUGAGACACACUUGCAUACACAGGGAGUUGGUGGAGCUAUAUCCCCUUAGCGGAAUUGUUUCGCCGGAAAAUCCUAACAUAUUGUUCCUAAAGUUCAAUUACUCAAGAUUAGGAUUAAAUUCACUUUGCUAUUUAAUGACGAUGCCAAAUGAAAGAACGAUUUAUAUAAACAUACAUAUUUUAGCUUUUCUGAACACUCGAGGCUUAUUGACACCUUUACGCCGACCUAUAGGUGUAGACGAGUAUUUGGCUGUAUUAGACUGCGGACGAGCGCCUAUCAAUAAUUUGGAUCCUGUCAUAAGGAUCGUCUGGCUUUACAACCCCACAGACGUAUUCACAACCUGGCGAUUGCUUCGAGGGAACACUAUUGCUCCGGAUUCUGUGAUUCGCUGUCUACUCUUCUUUGCCGAAGUACCGCCUCUCGGAAAGUUAGCCAUACCUUUUGCGUUCAUGCCUACAGAAAUGAUUCAAUAUGAGGUAAUUUUCCUCUGCUCCUUUGGUUUUGAAACUGUCAAAAUAUUAGUACAAGGAGAAGGAGGUUUGCCGAACUGCGUGGAGCUAAGACUUGAUAUCCCUUUUUAUACAGAAAGGGUCAUCAGAGAGGCUUACAGAAAUGAAGUGGUGUAUUUGUCAACGGAACAUCUGACAUUACCGAUAAUGCCGACGCAUUCCCUGUCGAGGGAUAUAAUAAGCAUUUGCAACGACACUGACCAUAUUAUAAGAUUCAUUUGGCUACCGGAAAGAAUAGCCAAUAUUUUAAAUGUGGUGAUGACUCCAUGUUGGGGCGUUAUUCAGCCGAAGACCUCAGAAUGGAUAACGAUGACUGUCUACACGCUUCAAGAGCCGGCUACGUUCACGACGACAGUUGCUUGCGAAAUUUUGGAUUUGACAGAGCGUAAAAUCUUCCAACAAAAUGAACUUUUACGAAGAAGUAAAAUUGAGAAGUGCAAUCAAGAGUUCAUUAUUACCGAAGAAGGCAUUUUCCAUCCGGAUAUCAACGAUUCCCCGCCUUACGUGGAAGACAUAGAAAAACCGCAUCCGGUGUAUUUGUCUAUGACGGUCUCUAUAUCUUCUAAAGGGCAACGAGACGGAUAUCCACGAAUGCUUAUAAAACAAAUGUGGGAACAGCCUCCACCGUACGAUUUGCUGUCAGCGGACACUAAUGACGUUUUCCAACGACCCACAAGCGCAAACAGCAUGACUUUGACCGACAUUCUUAAGAUUCUCGACGGAAUCUUAUGGGACGCGAUGCACUCCAAAAUGUUCCGUCACCAAAUAGAAUUUUAUGCGAAGGAAGAGAUUCCUACAUAUCAACAAGUCAUGAAAGUGUUCAAAAGUGAAUACAAGCCUAAACUGAGUCGAAGGGUCACUUCCGGAAUAUGCGACGCUAUCGUCAACAAAGCGGUAUUCCACACUUAUAACCUCAAUCCUAAACAGAAUGCAAUCUUGGAAGCAACUGAAGAAUGAUUUCUGUCUAUUUCGAUUAUUAUGUUCUUCAAUUAAUAAAACAUGAUAUUAUAAGAAAAUGAUUUUACUCAAUAAUA